GUCAUACCAUGGCAGUGAAGGCGGUCUCCUCGGUCGAUGAAGCCAUUGGCCAUAUCAACAGUCACAGCUCGGGACACACGGAGAGUGUGGUGACGGAGGACCCCACCUGUGCAGAGACCUUCCUUCGCCGGGUCGACUCGGCGGGUGUGUACCACAACUGUUCCACGCGCUUCGCCGACGGCUUCCGCUAUGGCUUUGGAGCGGAGGUCGGCAUUUCCACCAACAGGAUUCACGCACGUGGACCAGUGGGUUUGGAAGGCCUCGUGAUCCAUAAGUACCGCCUCUACGGCAAUGGCCACACCGCGGCCGACUUCGCGGGCGCCGAGCCUUCGCGGAGCUACAUCCACAAGCGCAUCGAGGGAGUCGCUGCAGCCGCCGAGAUCCCUCAGGCCAAGCUGGCGAAGCUCUCCUAGGCAGAGACAUGCUGAAUUUCUUGAACCCACUGCUGGCGAAUCCAUAGGUCUCCAACGAAUGACUGGCACCUUACCUUGCCUGGGUUUAACUUAUCAAAGCUUGGGCUCGCUGCACAGACAUGCCCAUGGAUUCCCCAGUGAUUUCUCUUAUGAACAGAGGAUCGCAUUGUACAGACCUUGAGAGGGCCAAUCUUGUCGCUGGGCUCACUUCACUUUCAAAGCUGGCAGUUCUGGGUGCUCGCAUGGCAUCCUUGUGAUCCUGCAAAUUGAAGCUCGUUGUGAUAGGACAACCUCAGUUGUCAAAUUUGAACCACAGGAAGCUGCCCCACAACCAACUUGAGGGAUUUUGCCCCAAAACCAACUUGAUUGAUUUUUGCUCUGAAAGGGC